CUUCCACAUUAUCUUCACAACCUCAGACAGUCUCACACACACAAACAGAACCUAAAACGCUCUGUCGUUUGUUAAUCUCAUUGAAAAUGGCAACCAUGGCUUCCACUCUCACCUCCAAGCCUCAAACCCUCGCUUUCUUCGACUCCUCUUCCUUCCAUGGCACCCCUUUGGCCCCACCUUCUUCUCUCCGUGUCCAUCAACCCGCCAAAUCUUCCGUGGCCCCACAUGCAAUCUCCAUGUCCGCCUCUCCUCCGCCGUACGAUCUUAAAGGGUUCGCCUUCGAGCCCAUCAAGGAGUCCAUCGUCUCACGCGAGAUGACACGUAGGUACAUGACUGACAUGAUCACCUACGCCGAUACCGAUGUGGUCGUGGUCGGUGCUGGCUCAGCUGGUCUCUCAUGCGCUUAUGAACUGAGCAAGAACCCAUCCGUACAAGUGGCCAUAAUCGAGCAAUCUGUGAGCCCUGGUGGCGGUGCAUGGCUCGGUGGUCAGCUCUUCUCUGCUAUGGUUGUUCGCAAGCCUGCUCAUCUCUUCCUUGACGAGCUUGAAAUUGAGUACGAUGAGCAAGACAACUAUGUUGUGAUCAAACACGCUGCUCUCUUCACCUCAACCAUCAUGAGCAAGCUCUUGGCUCGCCCCAAUGUCAAGCUCUUCAAUGCGGUGGCAGCCGAGGACUUAAUUGUGAAAGAAGGAAGAGUUGGUGGGGUGGUGACCAACUGGGCCUUGGUGUCCAUGAACCACGACACACAGUCAUGCAUGGACCCCAAUGUCAUGGAGGCUAAGGUGGUAGUGAGCUCAUGUGGGCACGACGGGCCAUUUGGGGCCACUGGGGUCAAGAGGCUCAAGAGCAUUGGGAUGAUUGACAGCGUACCUGGAAUGAAGGCACUGGACAUGAACACAGCUGAGGAUGCCAUUGUGAGGCUUACUAGGGAAAUUGUGCCUGGGAUGAUUGUUACUGGGAUGGAAGUGGCUGAGAUUGAUGGAGCUCCAAGAAUGGGACCCACAUUUGGUGCCAUGAUGAUCUCAGGGCAGAAAGCUGCCCACUUGGCCUUGAAGGCACUGGGACUUCCCAACGCUCUGGAUGCAGAAGCCAUCCACCCGGAGUUGAUUCUAGCUGCCGCAGAUUCUGCAGAAAUUGCAGAAGCCUAGAAUCAAAUUUUAGAGUUUUUAAUAAAAUAAUAUAUAUAUAUAUGUGCCGGAAUAAAAUACAGUUCAUAGGAAUGAGUUUGUGGUGUGGUGGAGUGAGGAUGAUGUUUAUAUGGUGGGCUUUUCUUCUUUUGGUACUUUAUGGCUUUGGAACUUUUAAUGCUAGCAUUUAGCAUUUAGCUUUAUUUACUUCUUGUAUGCUUCUCGCUUGGCUAGAGACAAAAUUGUUAUUUUCUGGAUA